AACUAGAUCUUAAAGCUAGAAAAGACAAAACGACGUCGGUAGUUGUAUCAGCGCACACGGCAGAAAGGGCAAAAGAUCAGACGGGAAACAGAAACAGAAGAUUGUAGUAGUACCCUGAGCGAGCUGAGAGGACUCAAAAGCUUAGCGAAAAUGGUGAAAGUUGCGACGUUCUUUGCUAUGUCUGUAGGAGCCUUCGCUUUCUGGCAAACCAUGGACAAAAUUCAUGUCUGGAUCGCUCUUCAUCAGGAUGAGAAGCAAGAGAGAAUGGAGAAGGAAGCAGAAAUCAGAAGAAUGAGAGCAGAGCUAAUCAGAGAAAACAAAAAGCGGGAGUCUCUUGCCUAAAGGCUGCUGAGAAUUGCGAACCUAAAGUUGCAUUCAGUUCAACAAUUUGUUUUUGCUGUCUUUUUGAACAUUUCUGGACCUCUGCUUCCUAAUUUCCAUAAAAUCAUGUAAUGAUGGUCAUGAAUGCCUUAAAUGUAAACUCAAGUUUGGACCUGUCUCAGUGCUCUGCUGUCAAUAGCAUGAUUAUGCUUGCACUGGUAAACAUGUAGCUUCUUUUAAUCUUACAAUAAAUACCAUUUUUUUGGUUUGGUUGGUCUUUGGAGUAAA